GAUAUAUUUAGGUAAAUGUCUCCACUGGUUUAUGUCUUAAUCAGUUAAUAAUUUAUUUCUCCAUCCUUUCGAUGGAAUAAAAGAAACUUUCAUUAGGAAAUAUAGAAAGGAAACUCCCCGAGAAAGUAUCUCUAGCUCGACAGUGAAUAAUAAAUAAGAAAAAAGAUUUUGAACUGAAAAGCCUGAGAAACCCAAAAGGAAACAUUAAUCUGCACAGAAAUUGAAAUAUAAUUUUUAUUUUGCAAAAUAUUUUGAAAAAUCCUUGUGUUCCUCUCUCUAGCCAGAUACGGCUGAACAUGAUUAAUAUUCCCAGCUGUGCCCAAAGUGGUCACAUUUUCCAACAGAAGGAGAGAACCCAAUCAUUUCACCCAGGAAGUCUCUACCAUAGCUAGUAAAGGAAAAUUUCACUUGUCACGCCAAAAAAUAUGAAGAAAUUUGGUACCACAAACCAAGGUUAAGGGACAGCAUAAAAGAAGAAAAAAUAAUGUAUGACUGCUAGUCAGGUCCUGUGCCUCCUCCUUAGGUUCAGCGAUGUUUUUCACUUUUCAUAUGGGCCAUGAGGUUCGCAUGGUUUAAUACUCUCUAGCUUCCUGUCAAUCACCUUGAGUUGGACAGAGAACCUUGCAAAAAGGUGUCAAAGAAGCUCCCAAUGCCCCAUGUGUUGGCAACCUAUUAGCCUGAAGGAUCCAACCAGUCAGGAGUUGCUCGAAGCAGUAGAACAAGAGAGAAGUUUUAGACUUAAUCCAUCUCGAAAUUCAACAAUAUUUCGCCAUCCCACUCUUGGUGACUUCGAGUUACAGCAUCUGCCAGCUGGUGCAAAUGAUGCUGAUCUUGAGGAGCGCAUAAUCCAACACCUAGCUGCAGCUGCUGCCAUGGGACAAGCACGCCAUAGUGCUAGAAGGGAAGGCCACAGACAUCGGUCAGGAAUUCAUGGCCAUCCUCAAUUCUUGGUGUUUUCUUCUCAUCCCAAUACGUCGCCUACCUCUCCACCUCCUGGUGACAAUCGGGAGGGUGAAGCAGCCCGAAGAAUCACGGUAGCUACUUUAUCGCCCUCUCCAUCUGCAGGAGAGGAGUCCCCUCAAUCCAAUGCUUCAGUAUCUCCGGUGCAAACUGAUCAAACUUCUGCUUCAGCACCUCAAUCCAGUUCACAUUCUGCCAGUCAACUUGGAUCCCCAUCAAGUGAUAGGAGAUCGACCAGUCAACCAGUGCCUAAUAGUCAAGAUAGAGCAGGACCAUCAGAAUUACAAUCAUUCUCGGAUUCUCUGAAGUCUCGACUUAAUUCAGUGUCAACGAGAUACAAAGAUUCAAUUGCAAAGAGCACAAGAGGUUGGAGGGAGAAACUGUUCUCUCGCAACACUUCAAUGGCAGACGUUGGCUCUGAAGUUAGAAGGGAGGUUAAUGCAGGGAUAGCAACAGUAUCGCGCAUGAUGGAACGUCUUGAAACCAGAGAUGGUAGAAAAAAUGGCAGUCCCGAGUCGAGUAAUGUAGGGAAUACUAGCCCGGUUUCAGAAUCAAAUAAUAGGCAGACACCAGAGAAUGGAGGAAACAAUCCUUUGAGUGACACAAAUAAGGAAGGGUCACGCCCUGCAGAAUCCAGUUCAAGUUGAACAUUUUCAGAAUUGGCUUCACUCAAAGCCCCAUCUUAUAAGGAGGUGAAUACUGUAAGUGAUUGUUUCCCUCUUCCAUAUGUACAAGAAUGCCUGGAGUAGACUGAUGCUUAAAAAAUUGGGGAAAAAAAAGAACUUCAAUAUAUUAAAAAAUGACUGAAUUUUAGUUUAUUUUGUGACUAGUUAGAGUGUACUUAUAUAUUAGUCUGUGUAUCAUUGAUAACUAGUAAUAAAAUAGCUUAUUUACGAGUAAA